AUGUCCCUACCAGAGGUGGCUGCAAAAAGGGUUCGUUCAUCAACAAAGAUUUCUUUCUCUAAUGAGGAUCUUACAUGGGUCCAUUAUCCCUAUAAUGACGCGUUGUUAGUAACACUACAGAUUGGGAAAUUUGAUGUCAAAAGAAUAUUGAUCAACAAAGGCAAUUCGGCCGAAAUCAUUUACUACGGACUCUUCAAAACACUAGGGUUGUCUCAUGAAGCCCUGCUCAAUCUGGAAUCCCCACUCUAUGGCUUCAGCUUGAGCUCGGUAUUCCUUUUAGGACGUAUCUUUCUGCCAGUCAAGGCCGGAGAAACAGUCCACCAAAUCGAGUUUCAGGUGGUCAACGUGCCAUCUCCUUUUAAUGCCAUAAUGGGUAGAACUUGGCUUUACCAAAUGGAAGCUGUUUCGUCUACCUUCCACCAGGUUCUACGCUUCCCAGAAGCUAACACUGUCAGGACCAUUUGGGGGGACCAGACAAUGGCAAAAUGA